CCCUUGUCCUGACUGUGACGUCACGAAUCCUCUGUGGCCGACAAGAUCAAGAAAAUGGCAUACGUAUUUAGAACUGCAACAAAAAGGGGGCUGUGCAGUGGGCUGAUCAGCCAUGGCAGGUGUAUCCACACCUCACAGGCUGCAGCAGCGCAAAAGGUUGCAAUGAGCAAAUUUGAACAGGACACAAGCCUGGAUUAUGACAAGCUUGAUUACAAUUUGAAAAUUGUCAAAGACCGAUUGAACCGCCCCCUUACUCUGUCAGAAAAGGUUUUAUACAGUCAUCUUGAUGAUCCUAAGGGACAGGACAUCAGGCGAGGUGAAAGUUACCUCAAAUUACGGCCUGACAGAGUUGCCAUGCAAGAUGCCACAGCCCAGAUGGCCCUAUUGCAGUUCAUAUCUAGUGGUUUACCUAAAGUAGCUGUACCCUCCACUGUUCACUGUGAUCACUUGAUUGAGGCUCAGAAGGGUGGAGACAAGGAUUUAGCAAGAGCUAAAGAUAUAAACAAGGAAGUUUAUGAGUUUUUAGCAACCGCCAGUGCUAAAUAUGGAGUUGGAUUUUGGAAACCAGGCAGUGGCAUUAUCCAUCAGAUUGUGUUGGAAAACUAUGCUUUCCCUGGUGUACUUUUGAUAGGAACUGACAGUCACACACCUAAUGGAGGUGGCCUAGGAGGUCUGUGUAUUGGUGUGGGAGGAGCUGACGCGGUGGAUGUCAUGGUUGAUAUUCCCUGGGAACUCAAAUGUCCACAGGUUAUUGGAGUAAAACUAACAGGUAAAUUAGGAGGCUGGACCUCUCCCAAAGACAUCAUCUUGAAGGUAGCUGGCAUUCUCACUGUCAAGGGUGGCACUGGGGCUAUUGUAGAGUACUUUGGACCAGGGGUUGACUCCAUAUCAUGCACAGGAAUGGGUACCAUCUGUAACAUGGGAGCAGAGAUAGGUGCCACAACCUCUGUGUUCCCCUUCAAUCACCGAAUGGCUGACUACCUCAGGUCAACAAACAGAACUGAUAUCGCUGACCUAGCAGGUAAAUACCAACACUUACUGAGUGCUGACCCAGACAGCAAGUAUGACCGGGUCAUUGAGAUUAACCUGAGUGAGUUGGAGCCACAUGUGAAUGGACCGUUUACUCCUGAUCUUGCCCACCCAAUCUCCAACCUAGGAAAGGUGGCAAAGGAAAAGGACUGGCCAAUGGACAUUAAAGUUGGUCUGAUUGGUAGCUGUACAAACAGCAGUUAUGAGGAUAUGAGCCGAUCUGCCAGCAUUGCCAAAGAGGCCCUUCAGCAUGGACUGAAGAGUAAAAGUAGUUAUACCAUCACACCAGGCUCUGAACAGAUUCGUGCCACUAUUGAGAGAGAUGGACAGGCUGCCACCCUGAGAGAGUUUGGAGGGCUUGUGUUGGCUAAUGCCUGUGGUCCAUGUAUUGGUCAGUGGGACAGACAAGACAUCAAGAAGGGAGAGAAGAACACAAUUGUGACAUCCUACAACCGGAACUUCACAGGACGUAACGAUGCUAAUCCUGCCACUCACGCCUUUGUCACUUCCCCUGAACUUGUCACAGCUUUGUCACUCGCUGGUCGUCUUGACUUCAACCCAUUGACUGAUGAAUUGACUGGAGCUGAUGGCAAGAAAUUCAAGUUGUCUAGCCCAUAUGGAGAUGAGUUACCUGCCAAAGGUUUUGACCCUGGUAUGGAAACCUACCAGUCUCCUCCAUCAGAUGCUUCCUCAGUGGAGGUACAGGUGUCCCCCUCUAGCCAGAGAUUACAGCUUCUCCAGCCAUUUGAUAAGUGGGACGGUAAAGACCUCACAGACAUGGUCAUCCUUAUCAAGGCUAAAGGAAAAUGUACCACAGAUCACAUCAGUGCUGCUGGACCAUGGCUUAAAUACAGAGGACAUCUUGACAACAUAUCAAACAAUCUCCUAAUCGGGGCUGUAAAUAUUGAUAAUGGUGAAAUAAACAAGGUGAAAAAUCAGCUGACUGGUGAGGUUGGAGCUGUCCCUGAUACAGCAAGACAUUACAAGUCACAGAAAGUUCCAUGGGUUGUGAUAGGGGAUGAAAACUAUGGUGAAGGCAGCAGCAGAGAGCAUGCUGCCCUGGAGCCUCGACAUCUUGGAGGACGGGCAAUCAUUGUGAAGAGUUUUGCACGUAUCCAUGAGACAAAUCUUAAAAAACAAGGCUUGUUACCACUGACAUUUUCAAACCCAGCUGAUUAUGAUAAAAUCGAGCCGACAGACAGGAUCUCCUUGCUUGGACUUAAAGACCUUGCACCUGGAAAGCCCAUAACCUGUGAAAUCAAGCAUGCCAAUGGCUCGACAGAAAAGAUUACACUGAACCACACCAUGAACGAAGGCCAGAUUGAGUGGUUCAAAGCUGGAAGUGCUCUAAACAGAAUGUUUGAAAUGCGAAAAGGCCGAUAAAACUUGUAGGAAAUUUUUAGGAAAUAUUUCGUGCUGCUUUUCUUUUUUUCGUCCCUUUAAAACAGUUCACAGUACUUGAAAAUAAUUUAAGCAGCAGUUUUACACUUCAGUUUCAUCUGAGCUAAGCUUCGAAUUUAUAGAAAGGUUGUUGAAAGAGUACAAAAAAAAAAAAAUGAUGAGAAAAGAGAGGUGUAGCAUCUGUGAUCCUGUAGAGAUUUUUAAAGAUUAUAUAGCUCAUCCAGAAUUUAUGUAGAUUCGUCAUCAUCCUAUGAAGACAAAGACUGCAGUCAUGGUAGCGUGUACUUAAUAGUGUGGAUGUGUGUGAAUUUUGUAUCAAUGCAAUAUGAAAAUUUGAUUAAUCAGAAACUCAUGGGUAACUUCAAAUCAAAUAUGUAGUAUGUGUUGUUGUGUCAACUAGUUCUGUGUAAACAGUAUUUACAAGUAUUUUUAGCAAUGAUGACUUUAUACACAGCUGCCUUUCAUACUCAGGAGCCCACAACUGGAAGGGUACAGGUCUUAUCAUUUCAGAUUUACUUGGUCUUUAACUGGCUGCUAUACAUGUACAUAUUUGUCAUAGGAUCCUGUAAAUAAUCCUGAGGUGAAUAAAACUGAUUUACACCUUGUUCACACAAAAACUUGUCUCCUGACUUUUGGUCACAUAGGUUGUGUAUGAUUUGAGAGGAAUAGGCCCUGGGGCUGCUUGCAGAAAGUUGUUUGUAACUACCAUUGCAAAUCAAUUUAAAAACAUAUGGUACUUAAUCAACUUGAGCCAAGAGGCCUCCAUCCUUUUGCUUCUGAAUUCCGUGACAUAGGGCUCCUCUGGCAAGAUCAGUGAUAAAUUACAUGAUGUCCCACUUGAGGCUACUUUUUACUGGUUUUGUAAGUUCUCCUAAGGCAACACUUUGUAAAGCUUGUACGAUUGUGACACCUUAAUU